GAAUUGCGUCAGGCGGUAUUCUUGAAGUGGUUUGUUACUAAGGUUGGAACUGUUGAUAGCAAUCAUAUAUGCACAGUCCUGGUUACUUCUUUGGUAGAUCAUUUUUUUGAACUGACUGAAAAAUAUUGCCACAGUGUCAAAACCAGCUCCUGAUAUAUAAACACCUCAAAAGAAAAGCAGGUUUUUGAAAAUGAUUAGAGAGAUUUCGUUGGCCAAUAUUGGACUCAACAUCAGUUUAGUUUUUAACAUCUUACAAAGUUAUUCGCAUUAUUAACUUGUUGCUCUGAGAAGUAAUAUCAAUAGUUAUUCUCAACGUAAAGUUCUGUUGGUGAAAAUAAAUUAAAAACCAGUGCUAGAAACACACUUCGAUUUUCAUCUGUAUCUGUUUUUCAUUUUUCUAUCCUGUGUUUGAAUUUUUCCAAACAUCAACGAACAGUGUUUUAAAUCACGUUCAAACAACUCAUUUUACCAGCUUCUUGGUAAUGACUGAAAGGGUUUACUAUCCCUGGGCAGAUCGAUGUGAGAAGUUGUCUGUAUUUCUUGAACGUGCUCACCUUCGGAACUUCCUCAAUGCCAUUAAGAAGAAAUUAAAAAUAAAUGACCCUGACGAUUUUGACCGGGUUAAACCUACUGACUUAGCUUGUCUUGGAAUGACAGAAAACGAAAUCAAUCGACUUGUUAAUCAGCUAAUAGAGGAUGGGUUUUCAGUAAAGAAUUUGCUAUCGGAUGGAUAUACAGACUAUUCCUAUUCAUGGCCAGAUCCGAAACCACAUUCUGCUGCUGAUUUUCACCGAUCGAAACUGCUACGUAAACUGUUUGGAGGAAAACAGUCCCAUACUAGUGCUCCAGUAUCACCAGCUCAUAGACUGGAACAUCAGUGUAAAGAAGAGUUCCCGAUACAACCUUCUUAUUGGAGCCAGCAUCAAGUAUCUGGCCGUUCCACCAGUUUUUCUCAAAAUAGUCGUCAGAAUGUUGUUACUAACUCCGCUGCAUUCACAUGUCUUAUUCCUGAGAAGGAUAUCAAACUCCAUUCAAGAAUUGGAGUUGGUUCGUUUGGCAUAGUACGGCGUGGUGACUGGACUGUGCCGACGGGCGAAACUAUUCCUGUGGCUGUGAAAUUAUUAAAACCAGAAGCAAUGAAAAGCGAUUUAUUCACAGGAUUCUUGUAUGAAAUUCGUGCGAUGCAAUGUCUUUCACAUCCUAGUUUAAUCCGUCUUUAUGGAAUUGUACUAUCUAAUCCAAUUAUGAUGGUAACUGAAUUAGCACCAUUAGGCAGUUUAUUAUUACAUUUAAGAGCUCAAUCUAUAUGUGCCAAUAAUAAUAAUAAUUCUUAUAAUAAAACAAAUGAAGUAAGAGCACAUUUCCCAUCUGUACCUCGUGCUCUUCAAAUUGAUUCAUUAUGGGAUAUGGCUAUUCAAAUUGUUCAUGGUAUGGCUUAUUUAACAUCUCAAGGACUAGUUCAUCGCGAUUUAGCAGCUAGAAAUAUUUUACUUUCAUCAAUUUUAAAAAAUGAAUACCCUCAAAUUAAAAUAGCUGAUUUUGGUUUAGUUCGAUCGUUAGAAUCAUGUACAGUAAAUAAGAAAAUAUUAAAUGAAAAUGAAUCAAAUGAACCAAUUUAUACUGGAUGUUCAGAACAGAAAAUUCCAUUUGCCUGGUCCGCUCCAGAAUCUUUGCAUAAACGAACCUUUUCUGAAGCAAGUGAUGUUUGGAGUCUAGGUGUUACAUUCUGGGAAAUGUGGACCGGUGGUGCAGAUCCUUGGUCGGGUCUUACUCCUGUGCGUUUGUUAGAGCUCUUAGAUUCUGGUCGUAGGUUGGCAUGGCCCCGAUUUACCUGUCCACGUCGUUUAUACCAGAUAAUGUUAGCUUGUUGGAGAGCUGAACCGUAUCGUCGACCGACCUUUUCCUACCUCGCCGAAAGAUUAGAUCAGAUUCGUCCAACUAUCGUCAUGGCAACUCAAAAUCUUGAUGAAGCUGAUCGUUUAGGCUUAGAAGCAGGUGAUAUUGUUAUUAUUAUUGACGGAAAACCCCGUGAAUUUUGGUGGCGUGGUCAAAAUAGACGGACUGGUGAAAUAGGCUCAUUUCCACAUGGUAUUGUUCAACUUUGUAAAAACACUACACAGACAUUUGGUGAUAUAAAUCAAUCAUCGCGUCGUGAUUCUUUGUCACAUAAUGAACAUAUUAAUAAAAAUGAAACAGAAUCGAGUUUAUUACAGUACAACAUAUCGCAUACUUAUUGUGACCGGUCUCCUACUCCUAUUGAUGAAAAACGUAAUGAAAUAAAAACUAAAAACUUAUUCAAUUGUUCAAAUCACAAUCUCUUACCAUUUGAUGAUAAUUCGCUAUUGAUUGGAACUUCUACAUUUAAUGAUGUAGAAAAUGAAUCAGUAUGCCGUACUAUGGAUUCGUAUUCUUCGUCUUAUGGAUGUCUGUUCACUAACUUAUCACUUUCAGAUGCACCAGAUUUGGAUAAAUAUGACGAUGAUGAUGAUAAUAAUAAUAAUAAUAAUGAAGGAGAGGAAGAUGAGCGAAGAAUUCUUGAUAAAACACCUAAUUCAACUGUAGGAUUAAAUGCUUAUAAUGUGGAAUUACGAAAAUGUCCCAAAUCUGAGUUAAUAAACAGUCAUAGAAAGUCAGUUGCCAACUAUGUUGCAAAUGGCUACAAUGACCAUGAAGUUUGUAUUUAUAAUCCCAUAACAAUGUUGCCACCACCUCCUGGACCGGAAGAAAACGAGACUGUCAUCUUAGCAGAUGACGUUAACAACAAAAAGUCUUCUGAUGCUUCUGUACAAUCUACAAAAUUUAAGGAUAAUGUUAAACAUUUAUCUGAUAAAGAUAAUAAUCCUAAUAAAUCUGACAUUAGUACAAUGAGUAAUAGUCAUCAAGUUGAAAAACACAAUAUAUCAUCCAUGUCUGAAAGUAUAACUCCUUCGAAAAAACAUUCAUUUUCGCUUGACAAUUUAUUAGAUGAAGUUUCUUCUAUCAGUGCCAAAGAUUUUGAUUGCCAACCAUCAGCCCCACCUUUAAUUGAUCUUUACAGUCCUGUACCAGAUCCGUCAGCAUUUAUCCCCAGAUAUCGUAUUACGGUUCCUACCGCCCCAAUUUACAUUCCAUCGAUCAUUAAGCCUACUCCUUAUUCUUCUUUAUUUAUACCUAGAACUGUAUCCCCGUCUACAAUCAAUUAUUCAUCAAAUCCAUUUUUACAAAUGAAUUAUAAUGUUUCUUCACAGCUCAAUUAUAACACUCAAAAUCGAUAUUGUUAUGAUCCUUUUCAUCCUCAAGUUAACAUGCAAAGAUCAUACUGUACAUCUUUCCCUUUUCCUUCUUCUUUGAAUUUCAGUGUUAAUCAAUCAGCAAAACAAACAAAUUCAGUUAAUUUUUCUGAUAAUCCUUUUGAUUUUAAUAAGUUAAAUAUUAAACAACAUUCCCAGUGCGUCGAUAAGAUUGAUACCACUGUUAAUAAUCUAAACCAUAAAACCGAAUUAGACGUUUUAGAUAUGGUGUUCGAUAACAACAAUAAUAAUAAUUAUUAUGAUAAUAAUAUCUCACAUCAAACACCAACUGUUAGUAGUCCAGUAUUUUCAACUAAACAAAAUGUUGAUCAUUGCACUACUAGAUUAGAAAAUGAAUUACUUGUUAGAUCAUGUCUUCUUACUAACUCAUCAGAAGCUCUGAAUUCAAAUCCUAGCUUUUUUAAUUCGACAAAUGAUAAAUUCACUAAUUCUGUUACGGUUUCUCUCUCAGAAAAUAAUAUUACUUCAGGUGUAAAUCCUCAGCAUCAAGUGAAUGAAAAACUAAACGACGUUUUCGAGUCUUCAGAUAAUUUUAAUGAUGAAAUUUCACUUGUUCGUUCUCAUGUUCCUGGAUGCACUUUAUCUGAAGCUCAUUGGGCGUUAUUACAUGUAAUGAAUCCAUUUUCUCCACUUAUAUCUCAAUUAGUUGUACCUCCAAUUCCAUGCACUGCACCUAUAGAAACUUGGCGGACCAAACUAGAUAGAACUAGUGCUUGGCGUGUACAAUUAGCCAUUCGCCUUUUAUCUGUUUGUCGUCUUUAUCAAUUAGGUCUAAUCAAUUGGGAUUCAUGUUGUCAAAUUAUUAGUGCAUUCAAUUGGAAAUUGGAACCUGCAGCUGAUUGGAUUCUUGAUCAUAUGACCCCUAAUUGUUUUAUUUAAUUCAUUGCUAGAGUUGUUAUUGUUAUUAUUAUUUUUAAUUAUUGACCUUUGCAAAAACAGUUGUCUUGUUGAUUUUUAAUUUGAAAUUCUCUUUAUCAGUUGCAUAAUUCUUAGAUUUCAUUCAUCUUUAUUUGUUAAAGUGUAUCUUACUCAUUUGUACUUUAAUACGUGUUAAUCUUUUUGUUGAAAAUUAUUGACAUUGGUCAUGGAAUCCAUCUCAUCGUUUCUUAUGAUUUUGUUGCUUUAUAGCAUGAACUACUUAAUUGUCUAGCGAAUAGUAUAUAAUUGUUUUGUCAAUAUUUCUUAUUCAUAGUUGGAAUGUGUGAAAUGAUUGUACGGCAUAUCGUUUAAUCCUAUUAAGAUCAUUUUAAUUUAAUUAAUUUUUGAGGUUGAUAAAAUGUUAUUGUUCAGGGAAACUUCAAGGAUUAUUAUCUUAUCGAAUUGGUUGGAUUUGUCUUUUUUCCACAAAUGAUCGGUAUAUGUGUUUACAUAGUGCCUCAAUUUACAAAACAGAUAGAAAAUCAGUUUCAAGUUGCAUAUAAUUGUGAUAGAUAUUAUGUGUAGUCAGUGGCUUUUGCUAUAACGCGACUCGUUUCCACUUCUUAUUUGUUAUUACAAACCUGUUUGUGAGUUUUUCAUGAGUAUUAUCGAUAAUUAUCGAACUGUUCUUAUUCUUGUUCCUAUCUAAUUUUCAUGAACUCGUUUUUCACGUACAUAAAUACCAUUACUUAAUUAUCUUCAUUUAAAUAUACCCCUGACUGUCGUGCGUAAUUCUAGUCACUUCGUGUGUGUGAUUUUUUAUUAAACGGUUGUAUAAUUGCUACUAACUGUCAAUUCAUUUAAUUUUUGUGGUAAGCAUUUAAAGAAAUAUAAUGGAGAUAUUAUUCAUC